AAAACAAUCCUGGUCCAUUUCCUUUUGUGCUAGUUGCGGCAGCGCGGCAGUAGCGGCGAAAGUUAAAACAAUCGGCGUGUGGUCGGGUGUUUCACGGGCCGUAGCGAGCUUGGGCGCCUGAUUUCCCCCGUGCCAUUUCACACUCCACGUCGAAGCGUACAAGCACCUUGAGCCAUGUUUUGGGGAGUCACAUUAGAGAGUGGCAAGCGCUACUCGCAGGUGGUAAACACUUCGUACCACCUUUCGAUGGCGGCACUAGAACCUCGGCAGUCUGGUUCCUCGUCGCACAAGCGCGUGAUGCUGAUGCUGGAGCACGCCAAGGCAGAGUUCCUGCUUUGCACACUGGACUACGAGAAGGCGCUACAGGUUCCCUUGGACCUAAGUUUUGUCGAGGGCGAGGAGGUGACCUUCUUCCUCAACGGGGAGGGCACCGUCCACUUGACGGGCUACCUGACCGACGUGAACGGGCUCGGAGAGCCCGACGCGACGUCCGAGGAGGGCUCCAGCUCGGCGGAGGAGGAGGUUGAGGACCACAACCUGACUAGCCGACUGCUCCAGGUUGAAGAUGAGGACAGCGAAGAUAGUGAUUUCUUACCAGACAAAGCAGUGGCUAAGUCAAAAAAAGCCCAGAAUGGCACCAAGAAGGCUGCAGCAUUAAAGAGCAACAACAGCCUGGUCGAGCUUGUCAGCAACGAAAUCGGCACUGACAACGAUUCUUCAGACGAAGACUUCGAGGCCGACAUGGUAGAGGACGCUGCUGACGACGAAGAGGACGAGGAACAGUCCGACGAAGACGAAGAGCAGUCUGACGAAGAGGACAGCGAUGAAGAUGGGGAAGAAGAGGAGGAAAAAGAUUCUGAGGAUGAAGAAGAGGUUGCUGUCCCCGUGGUUCCACUGGCAGAGCGCAAGAGAAAGCACCCACAGCGGGAGUCGGCCAAGCACUCGCCAAAUAAGUCUUCCCUGAGCAACGCUUCCACAGUGACGGCUGAUGGUGCCAGUCCGGAGGAAGGGGCCAGGAAGAAGCGGAAGAGGAACAAAAAGGACUCGAGCAGCAGCCUUGUCCAGCAGGAGCAGUCUCCCAAGGGCAAGAACCAGACCGUCCUGCAGGGAGGAGUCCAGAGCCAAGACCUGAGGAUUGGCAGCGGACCUGUGGCUAAGCCGGGCAAGAGCGUGCACGUGUACUACACGGGUAAGCUGGCCAACAACCGGGAGUUCGACUCUUGCCGGUCAGGAAAGGCCUUCUCCUUCAAGCUGGGCAAAGGAGACGUCAUCAAGGGGUGGGAGACUGGCAUCCAAGGCAUGAGGGUGGGGGGCAAGCGCCGCCUGGUGAUCCCACCCGGCCAAGGCUACGGCAGCACCCGCAUGGGAGACAUCCCACCCAACAGCACCCUCUACUUCGACGUGGAGCUCAAGGCCGUCUCCUGAAGCUGCCCGCACGCCCCUCCAAGUUGUAUUUUAUGAAGCGUUCCAAAUAAAAGCAAGUUCAUUUUAA